GCUGCCCUGCUCCUAGUCUACGCUCGCUGCGUGGAUCGCGGCCGGAGCCGCCAUUGUUCCGCCGAGGGAGGACAGCGGGGCCUGGCCCUGGCGCGGAGACGCCGCUUAGCGGCCGCCGCUGGAGACACUCCCUCCCGCCGCCCCCCUCCUCCUGGCGGCGGCGGAGUGAGGCUGACGGGGGGCACUGGGAGCCCCCUGUCCUCCUGGCGGCGGCAGCGGCCGAUCGCCGGCUCCGGCGCGAGGGGCGGCCGCAAUGCGCUCGGCCUGAGGCGGUCCGGCCCGGCCUUUCCUUGCUUCCCUUGACUGUUCCACGGCGUCUCUGCGCCCCGGCGUCAUUCUGCGAGUGCCCCUGACGGGAGGGAAGAUGGCUACACGGAGCUGGCUGGACGAGCUGGCCCAGCAGGCCGAGGAGGGCUCAGCCCGGCUGCAGGAAAUGCUCUCGGUCGGCCUAGGCUUUCUGCGCACCGAGCUGGGCCUCGACCUGGGGCUGGAGCCGAAACGGUACCCGGGCUGGGUGAUCCUGGUGGGCAUGGGCGCGCUCGGGCUCCUGCUGCUCUUCCUGCUCGGCUACGGCUGGGCCGCGGCUUGCGCCGGCGCCCGCAAGAAGCGGAGGAGCCCGCCCCGCAAGCGGGAGGAGGCGGCGGCCGCGCCGGGCCCGGCCUCUGACGACCUAGGCGUGCUGAAGAAUCUCAGGAGCGAGGAGCAGAAGAAGAAGAACCGGAAGAAAUUGCCGGAGAAGCCCAAACCAAACGGACGGACCAUCGAAGUGGCUGAGGAAGAGGUUGUCCGAACUCCUCGGAGUGCAGCAGCUAAGCAGCCAUUAGAGACACACAAGAAAAAUGAAAAGUCAAAGAAAAAUAAGAAGAAAUCAAAGUCAGAUGCUAAAGCAGUGCAAAACAGUUCACGCCAUGAUGGAAAGGAAGUUGAUGAAGGAGCCUGGGAAACUAAAAUUAGUCACAGAGAGAAACGACAGCAGCGUAAACGUGAUAAGGUGCAGUCUGAUUCUGGUUCAUUGGAUUCAACUAUCCCUGGGAUAGAAAAUACCAUCACAGUUACCACCGAGCAAGUUACAACUGCAUCAUUUCCUGUUGGUUCCAAGAAGAAUAAAGGUGAUUCUCAUCUAAAUGUUCAAGUUAGCAACUUUAAGUCUGGAAAAGGAGAUUCUACACUUCAGGUUUCUUCAGGAUUGAAUGAAAACCUCACUGUAAAUGGAGGAGGCUGGAAUGAAAAGUCUGUAAAACUCUCCUCACAGAUCAGUGCAGGUGAGGAGAAGUGGAACUCUGUUUCACCUGCUUCUGCAGGCAAGAGGAAAACCGAACCAUCUGCUUGGGGUCAAGACAGUGGAGAUGCUAAUGCAAAUGGAAAAGACUGGGGAAGGAGUUGGAGUGACCGAUCAAUAUUUUCUGGCAUUGGGUCUACUGCUGAGCCAGUUUCUCAGUCUACCACUUCUGAUUAUCAGUGGGAUGUUAGCCGUAAUCAACCCUAUAUCGAUGAUGAAUGGUCUGGGUUAAAUGGUAUGUCUUCUGCUGAUCCCAGCUCUGAUUGGAAUGCACCAGCAGAAGAGUGGGGAAAUUGGGUAGAUGAAGAAAGAGCUUCGCUUCAGAAGUCCCAGGAACCAAUUCCUGAUGAUCAAAAAGUUUCAGAUGAUGAUAAAGAAAAGGGAGAGGGAGCUCUUCCAACAGGGAAAUCUAAAAAGAAAAAAAAGAAAAAGAAGAAGCAAGGUGAAGAUAACUCUCCUGCACAGGACACAGAAGAAUUAGAAAAAGAGAUUAGAGAAGAGCUCCCAGUGAAUACCUCUAAGGUCCGUCCAAAACAGGAAAAAGCUUUUUCUUUGAAGACCAUAAGCACUAGUGAUCCAGCUGAAGCACUCAUCAAAAAUAGCCAGCCUAUCAAGACUCUUCCACCUGCUAUUUCUACCGAGCCAUCUGUUAUUUUAUCAAAAAGGGAUUCUGACAAGAGCUCUUCCCAAGUGCCACCGAUGCUACAAGAAACAGAUAAAUCCAAGUCGAAUACUAAGCAAAAUAGUGUGCCUCCUUCACAGACCAAGUCUGAAACUAGUUGGGAAUCUCCCAAACAAAUAAAAAAGAAGAAAAAAGCCAGACGGGAAACGUGAAUAUUUUUUUUCCUGAAUUGGACAUGUGUUUGCAAACACUGUCUUGAAGAUUAUGCUGUUUAUGCAAUAAUUUGUGAACAUGUACAGAGUUUUAUAUAAAUUUAAACCAAUUUUUAAAACAAAACUGUGAACACAACCACCGUAAAAAUGGAAUCAAAGGAAAGUUAAUCUAUGAAAUUAAGAGGUCAGCAGAAUUGGAAGACACUUGGGGAAAGUCUUUUCAAUCUAACAACAAUCUUAAUUUAAGAAUAUUAUCCUGGUUUUACAACAGUGCCCUGUUUACAACAGAUUGUGCCCUGUCUCAUCUGCAGCUGAGGAAUAAAGGAUUCUGAUUAGAGAGAGGGUUGCCUACGUAUUAGUAGGCAGCUUCUUGGAUCUUAUGCACGGAACUUAAACCAUUUGAAUCUGUUUUAUGCUUAAAUCAAAGUGCUUUGAUCAAAUGCAUAAUCUGCCAUAUCUUUACAUAUUUGUUGGUAGCAAUUUGUAUUAAAGAAAUCACAAGUGCAAAUAAAAAGUCAUUUAUCAUUUGUUUAACUAAACUGUCAUGGUUUAGUUUACAAUUUUUAAAAAGUUCUUAAAACAUUCAAAAUGCAGUUGACACUUGUAUGGCUUAUGAAGUUAUUUUUGAUAGUCUUACUUUACUUGAAUUGUUCAAAGUACAGUAUAUUUUAAGUUAAGAAAGGUAAACUAUAUGUAUUUGUUUUAUACUUUUAAGGUUCAGACUCACAAAUAAUGCUCUUGUUGAUGAUUUGAAAACUUUCAGGCAAAAUCCACCUUACAUUUUUUCCUCUCCCUAGCAAUUACUUUUUUUCCAGCAUCAACUCUUCUUCAUUACUAAUACUUUUUUGACUUUAAAAAUGAAAUCUUUCACAAACUAGUUAUACAGACAGAACUUUGAUUAUAUGAUGGAGAAUGAAAAACUAAAGUCAGACAGCUUUAAUUGACAUUGUCAAGACCUCCAGUUAUCAGGAAUACAUUUUUUUACUGCCUUAACCUGUAGUGCGUAGAAUAUGCAUCAAUUUCUUGAAGGGGAUUCGUGUUUUUAUAAGAAUUUUCAUGUAAUUAUUGCAGUCGUGAUCAAAUAAGGAACGUUUCCUGCUUGAAACUGUAUUGAUUUAAAUGAUGUGUGAGAUGUUUCACCAUUUUCAGGCACUGUGUAAUUCUAUUGUAAUAAACUGGCAGGUAUCUUUGUAACUAUAAAUAGUGCAUGCUCAGCCAUGUACACUGUAAAUAGCCUUUACCAAACGUGUUUGACAAGGACCAUAAUUAACAUCACUUAGUGAAUUGUGAUAAAGAAAAAAAGCCAUGAUUUAUUCGAUGUGAUUGGCUUAAUUGUUUUCCUGUGGCGCCAAGAAUGAAACUGUUUAACAGCUGUAACCAAUGGUACUGAUCUGUCCAUCCAAUCUUGUCUUUAUUAUAUUUGACUGUGGUUUGAUAGUAUUGCAUUGUCACACUAGGAAAGCUAAAGAAACAAAAUGCUUUUAGUUUUGCUGAAGACUGGCCUUAUUAAUGGACAGCUUUCCUAACAAGUGAUUAUUAACUUUUAUCAGGUGUUAACAUCUGUUUCAGGAACAUGGCAGUAUGUUUACAUGUCAGAAGUUUUGUUUAAUUCUAUAUUUCUAAAUUGAUUUGUUUAAAUAAAUUCAGCAAAUGGA